GGUUGUGACGUCACUAGUGCUUGUCUGGUUGCUGCAGUCCCGCCGUCACGAAUGGACGAUUUGGCUGACAGAAGAGACUGCAGAGACCAGGCGCCGAGCCCCGGGAAAAGGCGCAGGGUGCCGGAAAAUUGAAACGCAGGGGCUCGCGCGCUACUCUUACAGCAACGGUAAAACGGAGGUCCUGCUGCAGCCAGAGCCCGCGUCCGGGCGGGAGUGGAGUCCAGGGAGCGGUGGCUGGGCGCUAAUGAGGGCAUCCUCACCGGGAAAGAGGGAGGAGGGGAGCUUGGCGGCUACCACUUGCAGCGCCCGGGAGCCCGGGCUCCUGUCCGCCCUGCGUAGUGUUAAUCCAGCAAAGCUAUCCCAAUGAAAACGUUCGUUUAUUUUCUUGCCGGACUUUGUCCUAAAAAUGGGCAAAGCACACCGCCUUCCAGAGUAUUACUGUUUGCAUGACCCUACGAGCGCCUUUUUACUUCAAGACGUGUUUGAUGCUCCUGUUCUCAUAAUAUUUAAACGCAAAACUCUUAAUUUGCUUUCGUAUAGCUGGCCGAAAAUUCUUUUUUAAAAAAAGUUGAUGUUGAAUAGAGUCAUUAGCAUAUUAAAAUGGCCGUACCCAAAGACAUCAUCCCUUCCUUGUCGGAUUGCCAGUGCCAAAUCUGUAUGGAAAUUCUGAUCGAGCCUGUAACCCUCCCAUGUAAUCACACACUGUGUAAUCCGUGUUUCCAAUCGACCGUCGAGAAAGCAAAUUUAUCCUGUCCCUUUUGUCGCCGCCGGGUAUCCUCGUGGACUCGGUACCAUACCCGAAAAAAUACUCUUAUCAACAUGGAACUGUGGAACAUAAUUCAAAAACACUACCCGAGGGAAUGCAAGCUUAGAGCUUCUGGGCAAGAAUCGGAGGAAAUCGAAACAGUUGAUGACUAUCAGCCAGUUCAUCUGUUAAGUAAACCUGGGGAAUUAAGAAGAGAAUAUGAAGAGGAGGUAAGCAAGAUGGAGGAAGAGCGACGAGCCAGUGAAGAAGAAGAAAGCAAAGCCAGUGAAGAAUAUAUACAGAGAUUAUUGGCAGAGGAAGAAGAAGAGGAAAAAAGACAGUCCGAAAAAAGGCGAAGAGAGAUGGAAGAACAACUGAAAAGGGAUGAAGAGCUGGCAAGAAAGCUAAGCAUUAAUAUUAACAAUUUCUAUGAGGGAAGUAUCUUGGCUUCUCCCUUGAAUUCCAGAAAAUCUGAUCCAGUCACAAUCAAGUCUGAAAAGAAAAGUAAGAAUAAACAAAGAAAUGCUGGAGAUAUUCAGAAGUAUUUGUCACCUAAAUCUCAGUUUGGGUCAGCAUCACAGUCUGAAGUUGUACAAGAAAUCAGGAAAGACUCCAUAUCUAAGGAAAUUGACAAUAGUGGUGAGAAAAGUCCUACAUGGCAAGACACAGAAGUUGAAGAAGAUAUGCCAACACUUUCCCCACAAAUAUGCCUUGAAAAUCAAGAACAAAGUGCAAAAUCUUCAAUGGAAUCACCUAUGCCAUGGUUGUGUGCCUAUAGUUCAGAAUGGUGCCUUGAAGGAAAAGUCGAAACAAGACCAAAUAAUCAUGAUAAAGAGUUGUGUGUCUUAAAUCAUGAGGGACCACAAACCAAAAUUCCCUACUCAAAAGAAGCUGCAGGUAAGCCUUGUGGCAAAACAGAGAGUGGGUGCACUGUAUCAGGUAUGACACAGAUAAUUGGAAACAACACAGUCGAGACAAAAAAUGAAGAGUCUCAUCUGAUCAGUUUGGAUAUUUCCAAAAGAAAAAACGAGGAAUCUUUAUUUAAAGCAGCUAAGGAUCCAUGCUUUUCUGGAAAAAGAAGGAAAAUGUUCCCCAGAUGUUCAUCUGAUCAAGAGGAAACAGAAAUAAACUUCACCCAAAAACUGAUAAAUUGGGAGCAUCUGCUUUUUGAAAGACAUAAACAAGAAGAACAGGACAGAUUAUUGGCAUUACAGCUUCAAAAAGAGGUAGAUAAAGAACAAAUGACGCCAAACCGGCAGAAAGGAUCCCCUGAUGAAUAUCCAUUACGGUCUACACCCUCACCUUCAGACAAAUUGCUAAACAGACAGAGGAAGAAUCCCAAAGAUAGGAGCUUCACAAGACAAAGUGACACAGAGCGUUCAAAACCACGGAGAGGCUCAAAAGAUGAAAACUGGCAGUCGUCUUUGAAGAUCCAGUUGAGGCAUUCCAUUAAUGGGAGAAAGAGGCCAAAUUCUACUAGAAAUAAUAGUAAGGUACCUAAAAGUGCUCAUUCCCUACAGUCCCGGAAUUCACAGAAAAGUAUUUUUCAAAUGUUUCAGAGAUGUUCAAAGUAAUGCACGAGUAAAGGGAGUGUUUUGUGAUCUAGUAAGGCCAGAUUGUGAAGCUCUCAUUUCUAUC